AUGCUUUCAGCUACAAAAGACCCCAUUGCAGUAGAGAGAGCCAACCUGUUGAACAUGGCAAAGCUGAGCAUCAAAGGACUCAUUGAAUCUGCGCUAAGCUUUGGCCGCACUUUGGACUCGGACUAUCCCCCUCUGCAGCAGUUCUUUGUUGUAAUGGAACACUGUCUGAAACAUGGUCUUAAAGUAAGAAAGUCAUUUUUGAGUUAUAACAAAACUAUUUGGGGCCCUUUGGAAUUGGUGGAAAAGCUCUACCCAGAAGCAGAGGAAAUAGGAGCCAGUGUCCGGGAUUUACCUGGUCUUAAGACCCCCCUGGGUCGAGCAAGAGCCUGGCUUCGAUUAGCUCUCAUGCAAAAAAAAAUGGCUGAUUACCUGCGCUGCUUAAUUAUUCAGAGGGAUCUCUUGAGUGAGUUCUAUGAGUAUCAUGCAUUAAUGAUGGAAGAAGAAGGAACAGUAAUUGUUGGGCUGCUGGUUGGCCUGAAUGUGAUAGAUGCUAAUCUGUGUGUAAAGGGCGAAGAUUUAGACUCACAAGUUGGAGUGAUUGAUUUUUCCAUGUAUUUAAAGAAUGAAGAAGAUAUUGGAAAUAAAGAAAGGAAUGUUCAAAUUGCAGCCAUCUUAGAUCAAAAGAAUUACGUUGAAGAAUUAAACAGACAGCUCAACAGUACAGUCAGCACCCUCCAUUCCAGAGUUGAUUCAUUGGAAAAGUCAAAUACUAAGCUGAUUGAAGAGUUAGCAAUAGCAAAGAAUAAUAUCAUUAAACUACAAGAAGAAAACCACCAACUGCGAAGUGAGAAUAAAUUGAUUUUAAUGAAAACACAGCAGCAUAUGGAGGUGACCAAAGUGGAUGUGGAAACUGAGCUUCAAACCUACAAACAUUCUCGGCAGGGUCUGGAUGAAAUGUACAAUGAUGCCAGAAGGCAGCUUCGAGAUGAGUCACAGCUCCGGCAGGAUGUGGAGAAUGAGCUUUCCGUCCAAGUGAGUAUGAAACAUGAGAUUGAACUUGCCAUGAAGUUGUUGGAGAAAGAUAUCCACGAGAAACAAGACACCCUGAUAGGCCUUCGGCAGCAACUAGAAGAAGUGAAAGCCAUUAACAUAGAGAUGUAUCAAAAGUUGCAGUUUAUACCCAGAUUGGCUAUUGUUCCCCCCCAAACUUUGUUUUCAUUUAGAAAUGUUUCUAUUUCCCCAUUUUUCUUUUAUUUGUCUUCUUCACCCUUUUACACCCUAGUUCUAGCCUCAGUUUUACCCAAAGUUGAUUUGAAUUACACCAGAUUGCAGCAAGCAGAGAAGGCGCAAGUGGAAGCUGAAGAUGAGGAUGAGAAAUAUCGACAAGAAUGCCUCAGUAAAUCUGACAGUCUGCAGAAACAAAUUUCCCAAAAGGAGAAACAGCUGGUGCGACUGGAAACUGACUUGAAGAUUGAGAAGGAAUGGAGGCAGACUUUGCAGGAAGAUCUUCAAAAGGAGAAAGAUGCCUUAUCUCAUCUUAGACAUGAAACCCAACAAAUCAUUAGUCUUAAAAAAGAAUUUCUUAACCUCCAGGAUGAAAAUCAGCAGUUGAAGAAAAUAUAUCAUGAACAAGAACAAGCUCUUCAAGAACUUGGCAACAAACUUAGCGAAUCCAAACUGAAAAUAGAAGAUAUAAAAGAAGCCAACAAAGCAUUGCAGGGACUGGUUUGGCUGAAAGACAAAGAAGCAACACAUUGUAAGCUUUGUGAAAAGGAAUUCUCACUUUCUAAGAGAAAGCACCACUGUAGAAACUGUGGGGAAAUUUUCUGUAAUGCCUGCUCUGACAACGAACUGCCUUUGCCUUCUUCACCAAAGCCAGUACGAGUCUGUGAUUCCUGUCAUGCAUUACUCAUUCAGAGAUGCUCAUCUAACUUGCCAUAAAACUCCAGAACUAAGUCCUUCCUCUAUGACAGUACCUGCAAUGAAUAUUCCAUGUGUGCAAGGUGUGCAGACAUCAGCCCCUCUAAGCAGCUUCCAGUCAGUAUUGGUACCAGUUUAUCUUCUCGACUUAAUUUUUGGGAAUCAUAAGCUGGAUGACUUGAUAUUUACUUUUUUCCAUUGUUAUCCAGAAUUUUAAACAGCAUGUUUUGGAGUAACUUUAGCCUAAUUAAUAUUACACAGAACAAUCAUGUAACUUAAGUCCAUUGAAAGCCAGACAGAAGUGAACACACAUUUGCCUUAUCUUGUAAAGGCCUUCUUAAAAAUAAGGCUUCAGAUUGUCUUCUGAAUUCUGUCAAAUUGGCAUUUGAUGGUGCCUGUAAUUCUCUUAAUGCACUUUAAAGCUUCACAGUUCUCAGAGCAAGACUGAAAUGUAUCAACUUUUUUAGAAGAAUUUAUGUCCCAAUUCAACAUGUGUUAUGAGACAAGAUCUCAACACACCAUCUUUGUUAACACAGGAUCAUCCAUCCUGUGUUCCUCAGCCUUGAGUGCUGGGGUUAUAUGCCACCACAUCUAGCCCGUAGGCUUUUCAUUUCGGCAGGAUUCCAACGUAAGUAUUUGAUGUGUUUUUUUCUCCCCCCACCCUUCCCUUAUUUGCAAUAGAAACAACCAAUAUUUUAUACUAUGUCAUUUCCUUUUGGUCUUAAGUCAGUUUCAUAUGCUGGUGGGAUUAUAAGGGACAUUGAUUUGGCUUAACAUUUCCCCUGUUAAACAAAACCAUCCUUUCACCUUAAGUUACUGGGAUAGGUCUUUUCAGAUGCUUUUUUGCUUUUUAACACGGAAUGGGGGAUAGUAUCCCAAUUCAAAGUUGAAAACAUAAAUCCCUCAGGAAAUGUGGUUUUAUGCACAUGCUGCUGGGGAACAAAACCCAGUUUCUCUCCUUAAGCAUUAAAAA